UUUCAGUUCGGUUUGCAAACCUCGACUUCUGGCAGCAAUGAUGUCUGGGGGAAAUCAAAGUGAAUGCAUUACAGUGAGAAUCGGACAUUCACUGAACGAGGCUGAGAAGAACCAUGUGACUAGCAGGAGAGAAUCAGUUCUGGAGUGUCUUAAAAGACAUGAGAUACAUUGUAGCCUGGAAGAGAUGCCCAACAUCGCACUGGUGGCUUCAGGAGGAAGUGAAAGAGCGAUGUUGGGUUUGCUGGGAUCACUGCUUGCACUGUUUCAAGAUGAUCUGUUGGACUGCGUGCUGUAUCUUGCUGGACUCUCUGGAUCGACCUGGUGCAUGGUGUCUUUAUACAAAGAGCCUAAUUGGUCCAGCAAGCUGGAAAAAGUGAAAGAAGACAUUCAAAAUAAACUUGGUGGAAACAUCAGUUUCAAGGAAAAAUGUAAAAAACUCAAAAGAUACUACAGAGAAAAAGACAACUUCAGUUUGACAGACUUCUGGGCAGUGCUAUAUAUAACCAUGAUUGUGAAAGAGAUAGAUGAGCAAACUUUCUCUGAUCUGAGAAGCAAACAGAGCACAAAAGAUCCUUAUCCCAUCUACACCGUGAUUGAUAAGCAGAGCCAUGAGGAUAAACUAGAUGCUGAUACGUUUGUUGAGAUCACGCCACAUGAGACUGGCUACUCCAUCCCCGGGGCCUUUGUAGAUACUUCCAGUUUCGGAAGUCAGUUUGACCAAGGAGCUCAAAUAAAAGACCAGCCCGAGAUGGACAUGAUGUUCCUGCAAGGUCUCUGUGGUAGUGGUCUUGCUAGCAUUGAGAAAAUACUAGAGGAACUGUUAACUUUAAUCAAAGAUUUAAUUUCGGGUGAGUUAGACAUGAUGGGUGACUAUGCGUCUUCAGACAUAAAACAAACAGACAUUCGCUCCCUCAGCCCUCCACAUGCUGACGAGGCUGGCCAAGUGCUUUUGAAUCUUGUGGAAGUGAAUCGUCUGGUUUUAAGAGAGGAGGAUCCUUCAUCUCAUAUUACAGUCCUGAACGACUUACUGAGAGGAAAUCUGCAGCAAGAUAAACAUGAGAACUUGUUCACCAUGUCGAAAAAAAUUAACAAGAAGACCGUUAAGGAAUACACACUAUAUAUAUGUGACCUGCAGACAUCCUGGAAUCUGACAUGCAAUAGGAUAUGGGAGAACAUUGCUAAAUGCAUUGAGUUAGUAGUUUGCUGGGUCUGGGGCACAACAUACAAUUUUCUGCACAACAUGACAGCGGCGGAGGUUUCUCCUUCUGUCUGUGGAGAGACAAUAAGGCAAUAUGUUGAUGCUGGGAUUGCCAUCAACUCACCUUUUUUACCAUUGCUGAGGAGAGAGAGACACAUUGAUCUCAUCGUUUCACUCGAUUUCAGUGAAAAUGACCCAUUUGAGUCACUAACAGAAACAGCUAAAAUGUGCAAAAGACUACACAUUGACUUCCCUGAAGUUCCUAAAAUGUCAAAAGAAGAGAAAUCUGCUCCAAAGGACUUUUAUGUGUUUGAAGGCCACAAUGCACCGGCUGUAAUUCAUAUUCCUCUUUUCAACAUUGUGAAUUGUGACGAUAAAGCUGAAAUUAAACGUUUGAAGCAUAAAUAUACGACCUUUCAAGGUCCCUACUCCAGUGACCUGAUCGAGGAACUACUGGAGAAAGCGGGAUUGAACAUCAAAAAUAACAAAAGGAGCCUUCUGACAGAGAUUAAGAAAAUCAUCCAAAGGAAGCAAUCACAUAUUUGUUCCUUUUGUUGAUUCUCAGGUGU